UUAUACACAUAUGCUUGUAAUUGUUAACACUGUAACACUUCCACCCAAGCAAUGACGUGGGUAGUGGCUCUGUGUCUGGGGCUGUUGUUGCCCCUGGGACACUCCAAGACAGUCCACAUCUAUGUCAGCCCCAAGGGAUCAGACGGGAACUCGGGAUUGGAUGCUUCCCACCCGAUUGCCACCCUGGACAAAGCCAGGCAGUUACUGGACAGCAGUGGCAUCAAGGACAACACGGUGUACGUGGAGCUGAUGGGCGGCUACCACAACCUGCACUCCACCCUACACUUCACACACGCCUACUCCCAGCCUGUCACCUUCAGAGCCUACCAGGACCAGGAGGUCCACGUGACAGGAGGCAAGAAGAUCUCAACAAGCCUGUUUACCCACGUGACAGACAGCAGCGUGCUCAAUAUGCUGCCUUCAAGUUCAAGGUCAAAGGUGAUGCAGGUGCAUCUACCUAGUGCCGGUGUCACCGACUACGGCAAGAUGACCAACUUCGGCUUUUACCGGUCCAGGACUGCAUGGCUGGAGAUCUUCAUCAACGGGGAGCCUGCCAGAUUGGCCCAGUACCCGAAUGAGAAAUUCCUGAACAUCAAUUCAGUUCCUGGCGGUAGGCAUGGCAAAGUGUUCACCUACAGCACCCACGAAGACUCCAGAUGGGUGCACGAGAAGGAACCCUGGGCUUACGGAUUCUGGUACUGGAGCUGGGCGGACGAUGCUGCAAGGAUCAGUCACAUUGACUCCAACAAACAUCAGAUCACUCUGGCAAAUGACACACACUAUGGACUCAGAGUAGGUCAUUACAACCCGGCCCAUCUGGCCGGAUAUUACACUCAGGGUGGCUACUUCCGGGUAUUCAACAUGCUCUCAGAGCUGGAUCAACCGGGAGAGUACUAUCUGGACAGGUCCAAUGGCAACCUGUACAUCUGGCCCAACACAAAGUCGGGUACCUUAGCUUCCUCUGAUGACGUCACCGUCUCUCUCAUCAACGACUGCAUUAGCAUGAACCGGGGGGUGGGAAAUCUCAAUUUUGUGGGGUUCACCUUGGAGGCGUGUCGUCACGAAGGCAUCAGAGGAGACGGUCUACACAACAUCAACAUUCAAAACAUGGACAUACAAAAUUUGGGUUCAUAUGGCGUCCACAUCACCGGAAGUAGUCAUAUUGUCGUAUCCAGAUGUAACAUCCAUUCUACCAACGGAGGUGUCGCCAUCAACGGUGGUAAUCAAAAGACCUUAACGUCUUCUGGAAAUAUAAUAGAAGACAACCAUAUUUGGUUGGUCGCCCGUGUGGGAGCUGUUGGAUACAAUGCUGUGUCUAUCGGUGGCGUCGGCAACGUGGUCCGUUACAACCACCUACAUGAUGGCCAAUACACCGGACUGAUGUGGGGGGGUAACGACAACAUAAUGGAAUACAACCAUAUCCACCACAUGUGUGUCAAUACCAGCGAUUGUGGCGCGGUGCAUGCUGGGAGAGACUGGACCGCUCGCGGCAACGUCAUCCGAUACAACCACAUUCACCACGUCUUGAGGCACAUGCCAGGUGCAGAUAACAGGGGCAUCAUGCUGGACGACCAGUUCUCCGGCGUCCACAUCGAACACAACGUCUUCUACGAGAAUCAGUAUCACGUCAACAUUGGUGGUGGCCGUGACAACAUCAUACGUUAUAACGUCUUCUACGACGCCACCAGCUACCCCGUCAACGUGGACGGCCGUGGUCUCCGGUCUACAAGCAACCAGGCGACUCUCCAAAAUAAGUUGAAGUCACUCCCCUACACCAGCAAGACGUGGGCAGACAAAUAUCCUAAACUGGCCGCCAUCGACUCCCACAAUCCCAUGGCGCCGAUGGGCAACCAAAUCUACGACAAUGCCUUCUACAACACGCGUGGGUCGAGCGUCGUCCAGUACCACACCUCUGGUAUCAUCAAGAGGGAAUACUUUGAUGUUCACGAUAACUUCAAGGCCAGCCCUGCUGAUUUUUGGUCUCCCCGUGAAUACGACUUCCGGUUCCGGUGUUCGGCAGAAUCCUGGGCCAAACAAAAGUCCGUUCCCCAGCCUAUCGACAUCAACGCUGUUGGCCCACGUCAGCCUACUGGACCUAAAUAUAUGCAGGAAGCCAUCCCCCAGCACCACAGCACGUCACAUCCGGCAUCAUGCAGCGGAUCUAUUAUUGGAUAACGGCCACCUCAGCAUGCUCCUUACCAAAAUACUGAACAUGAUGAUACGACUAUUUGUCUUUCAUGAUAAUAAGAAUAAAGUUGAAUAUGGUCA